CCUGUACUGUGUCCGCAGUCUCUGAUCAUCUCCUGUACUAUGUCUGCAGUCUCUGGUCAUCUCCUGUACUAUGUCCGCAGUCUCUGGUCAUCUCCUGUACUAUGUCCGCAGUCUCUGGUCAUCUCCUGUACUAUGUCCGCAGUCUCUGGUCAUCUCCUGUACUGUGUCCGCAGUCUCUGGUCAUCUCCUGUACUGUGUCCGCAGUCUCUGGUCAUCUCCUGUACUGUGUCCGCAGUCUCUGGUCAUCUCCUGUACUUCUGCAGUCUCUGGUCAUCUCCUGUACUGUGUCCGCAGUCUCUGGUCAUCUCCUGUACUGUGUCCGCAGUCUCUGGUCAUCUCCUGUACUAUGUCCGCAGUCUCUGGUCAUCUCCUGUACUGUCCGCAGUCUCUGGUCAUCUCCUGUACUGUCCGCAGUCUCUGGUCAUCUCCUGUACUGUCCGCAGUCUCUGGUCAUCUCCU